GUUGCAGAUGUUGGCAGAGUACAGCAGAGAAUUAUCGCAACAACGUGCCGGUGCUGCGGAAAAUUCCCAGCUAAGUUCGGGAACUUCUGGAUCAGGUAGUAAUAGUGGCUUAUGUCGACAUCUGGAUGGUGCUGUCUACAUAUCAGCUUGUGCUACAAAAAUGGAUACCAUCGUUUUCAUGCAUAAAUGGAGCGUUGCACAAUUUUCGGCGCAGCAGGAAUUGUCAUCACCGGGUGAUUUCAUUGAGUCAAACAUGUUUGGUUCUAUCGACAAUGAUUAUCGAUUCCGACUGAAACUGUUUCCUUGCGGUAAAGAUGAAGAAUGUCGAGGAUAUCUUUCCUUAUUUCUUCAAAUUUUCAAAUGCCCAUCUGCAAAACUGCGUUUUCGAGUGAAUUUCUACAUUGAAGCUGCGGAUGGUCCACGAGGGUGUGCCUUAAACAAAAAUGUUGUCACUAUCAACCGUGGUGGGAUUGUUACUGCGUCAAAAUUCUUUUCCACUGAGACUUUAAAGAGCCGUGUCACUAAGUUUUUGCCGGAUGAUGUUUUAACUGUUGGUGUGGAGUUAACUGUAUACGGAGACUAUAGCUGUACUGAUAUUGAACCUGAUCUUGAUGUGUUUUGUGGAAAUAGUAAUUCUUCGACACCUGGAAUUGCUUUGGGCAUUGGUGAUGAAGUUAGGACACGCCCUGAGCCACAUUUUAUGGGACGCGAUUUGGGGCAGUUACUGGAUAGUGGCGAUUUUUCAGAUUUUACGCUUCACGUAGGUCGACGUUCCUUUAAAUGUCACAAAGCAAUCCUUUCAGCACGAUCACCUUUCUUCCAGGCAAUGUUCAGGGACCAGAGUAAUCAAGAAAGUUUAAGUGGAGAGGUAAAUUUGGAAGAUGUAACCCCAGAAACGAUGGCAUGUGUCCUGGAAUAUAUUUACAAGGAUAAUUGUUCGGAAUCAUCAAAACGAACGUUAGAAAUCUUGGCCGCUGCAGACCGAUUUUGCUUGGACCGUUUGAAGAGUUUGUGCCAGGAAGCCCUGAUAAGAGACCUGUCACCUAACAAUUUUUGUGAACGUCUUCGAGCUGCUGACAUGUAUAAUGCGUCCGUCUUGAAGUGGAAAAUUCUGAAUUUAUUGCAGAAACAUCGCAACUAUAUUGUCGAUAAUGAGGACUGGGUCACACUGGAAAAUGAGUGUCCAUAUUUGGCAGCAACGGUUGCAAGACACAUGUUAUCCACUGAUAGUGUUGGCAAUAUAUUAUCAAGUUCUAUUGCCAAUAUGAGUAACUCAAAUCACUAUAACGAAGCAAUGUCAGUUAAAAGACCACGACUUGGCUAAUUUCAUUUUCUUGCUAAAUAUUGUCCUAAGUUUCAUUUGGAACGAGUUUUGAAUUUUGUCUAAUUAUUAUAUGCUAGAAAUAAGUCACGUUAAAAUAAAGUUUUUCUUGCCAGUAUUUAUUAUUAUAUAUUUACAAAUGGUACAAUACGACUGUACUUGCGUUUAGGACAAUAUGAUCUGUAAUGGAUUGGAAUGAGAAGCUAACCUUGUUUUUACUUUUCGUUUUUUUCUGUAUUAUUUACCAAUGAAUUUUCACUGUUUUCUUUGUUGGGUUUUCUAUUUCUUUGUUUUUAUGGAAGUAUUUUGGUAGAAACGGGCGAACGAAUGGAAAUAAGAUUAAGACAGUGAAGAUAGUGAUACAGUUGAUUUUUUCUGCAAAGCUGAGAAGACAUGUUGGUUUUCAGGCAAGUUUAAAUUAAUGUAAAAAUUCUUCGAGUACUUACAUGCUUUUAUGUGUGAAUUCUCAGCUUUUCGAUGUCUCGAUGAUUUCUUGUCGAUU